AUAGGUAGUACUCUGACAAUGUAUAUUGACAUCAACCAAGACCGUUAUGCAUUUGAAGCUUCAAGAGCCGGCAUUCAAAUGGCAGUACAUCCUUAUGACGAACCAAUUGGAUUUGGAACGGGAACAGUGAGUCUGUCUCCUGGUAACCAUUACGAUAUCAAAGUAUCGGUUAAAAAAUACAAUUAUUUACCUGCGCCUCACAACUCAUUUGAAAACAGAAAUUGCAUUGAAAGAAAAGACAUUGCAGCUAAAGUUAUGAAAUAUUUUCCAAGAUACACUUUUAAAGCAUGCCAACUUGAAUGUUUAACUGAUUUGAUAUUGGAUACUUGUCAUUGUAUGGUUGAGUUUAUGGUUCCAACCACUCAGCUACGUUACUGUAAUGUUUAUGAACGGGAACAUUGUGUUCAUACUAUUAUUAUUCAAGCGGAGGCAUCUUUUCAUUCCAUUUGCAACUGUUCUCACCCGUGUUACGAAACCGUUUAUGAUGUGGAUAGCUCGUCUGUUGUGUUUCCAGCAAAAUCAUUUUCAGAUUAUCUUAUCAAACAGAAUAUUUCAGAGAGUUAUGACCAUGCUAGAAAUAACCUGAUUCAGAUAACCAUAUCGUUUAAGUAUUCAAUGUUGGAAGAAAUUAACCACGUUCCUAAGUUGACAGUAGGACAAGCAAUCAGUGAUCUUGGUGGUUACAUGGGAUUUUUCUUGGGAGCCAGUAUAUUAACUCUGGUAGAAAUUAUUGAAGUUGUCUAUCGCAGU